ACAUUUUAGUUCACUGUCACUGUUGUUCAGUCUACAUCAAUUUUAAUUGUGAUUUUUCGAUAAAGAUUGUUAUGAAAAGAAUGGAAAACCCAAGCGAGAUUACUGAGGAACAGCCACCUACCACACACGACUACCAGCCGCGUCUGAACGAGGUGGCCCAAAAGUUUCUCGCCGAUUUGGAUGAGGAGCGCCAGCGCUUGUCCGCGGAGUUUCCACUUUGCGCACUGCUAAUCGACGAGGCUAGGGACCAUGUCUACGGCACUGGUCGUAUUCCAGGUAAGGAGCUCUACGCAAACGUUUCGCACGAGCAGCUGCGCGAGCUGAUGGAAAUGGAUCCCGAGUCGGCCAAGCACUAUAAGGGACUCAAUCUGGAGGCCUACAGAUCUUUUAGCGACACCACGUUUGGAGGCAACAGCGACCUGAUUAAGCGGGUUGUGGAAAAUCCGCCUGAAGUCGCCGAUAUGGAUGAGUUGGAUUAUGAUUAUGAUGAACAUCGUAUGCCCCCCAUUCAUCUGCCUAUGGGCUAUGAGUACAGCAUACCACGUCCAUCGUUAAUAGUUCCGAAAUUUAAACGUUCAUAUCCGUAUUCGACUGACUUUAAACCUGUGCCCGAACCGCCCAUAAAGUCCUAUAAGCCCAAUCCUGGUAUAGACACCUACGUUAUGAAAUCCAUACUGGGAGCGCAGUAAGAAAGCUGCAUUCAAAAUGAUGCUAUCAAUGAAGAAACAUUAACAUUUAUAAAAGCGCACAUUCCCACAAACAAUACUUUUAUAAUAUAACUUUCCUGAUUUCGUAAAAAAACGGAAAUAAAAUGA